AUGGCUUCCUGCAGCGUCGCGGGCUCGAGCGCGCCCAGUAGCAACGUCAGCAGCAACGUCAGCAGCACUGGCAUCAGCUUGGCGCUCGCCGCGCAGCCUUCGGCGGGCCAGCUGAACGUGGAGAUCCUGGGCGCGCGCAACCUGCCGCCGGCCGUGCUGGGCAGCCUGCUCAAGUGGACGCCCAGCUACGCCAACCCGUACGUGGUGCUGUCGCUGGACCGCGAGCGCUUCGUGUCCAGCGUCAAGCAGCGCCACCUCAACCCCAGCUGGAAGGAGACGGGCAGGCUCAGCGUGCCGCUGCCGUCCGAGACGGAGGUGCUGCAGACCGUUGGGGUCCCGGGCGGCAUGAGCGCUGGAGCGGCAGGCAAAGGCAAACACAGCAACAACAGCAACAACAAGGGUAAAGGAGGCGCUGCAAUGAAGAAGACGGGGGCGGCUGCGGCUGCGGCGGACGCUGCCAUGGGCUACCGCCAGUACCAUCCGUGCGCGCCGGAGCUCUACGUGCAGGUGUUCCAUCGCUCGGACGAGAAGAAGGACGCAGCAACGGCAGCGUCUGCUGCGCCGGCGUCGAACUCGUCGACGUCGUCGAAUGUGUCGGCGCUGGGGCCCGAGGACAAACUUAUCGGAGCUGUGGUGGUGCCGCUCCUGCCGUGUUUGAUGUCAAGUGCGUCGAGUACCCGUGGGUGGUACCAACUGACGGACGAGGAGUCGCAGAGUGCGGGACAACUGCAGCUCGCGCUGGACUUUGACGUCUCCGCCGCCUCCAACGGGCUGGAGCCCCGGAAAGGGGACAUUGUGAGGCUCACGGGCUUCGGUGGACUCGAGUACUACUCCAAGCUGCUGCCGCCGAGUGCACGACUCGAGGUGAUGGACAUUUUCCAGGACCAAGUGUUCGCACAGACGUUCAGCCAGGAGGGAUGGCCGCUCAGCUUCGAGCUGCACCGCAACCUGGUGCACGUGGAGCGUCGUCCGUCGCUCCUCCACGACGCCUCGCAGCAGCUGCAGAGCCAGGUAUCGCGCGUACGCCAACUUCGAGUCGUCACAGGCGCGCAGCGCGUUUGGCGCGCGCUUCCUGAUACUCCGCGUAUUCAAUUCGAGAACUCGGCAGCUUUCAUUGCCUUCUUUGGCACGCAGGCGUACUUGACGAUGGUGCGUAGCGUGAACGAGAUGUUGCGUUCCGGUGUGUCCUCGGGCGUCCAGACGUUUGUGGCGAGCUCGAAGGACGCCUACGGCCAGGUGAAGCUGGAGUUCGUGCGUGUGUACUGGACUGCGCCGAGGCGUGUGACUAGUGGGGGUUUUGACGGUGGUUAUGACGACGAUCUGAUCGAUUGCGGCCCGCGAACUAACCGAGGGCAUAUUGUGCGUGCAUUUACGUCUGUUGAUCGCCUUGCUGUGGACUAUGAAGACCAUGAGGAGGAGGAAAUGAUGAUGCAGUGGGAGACGUACGAAGACCGUGAGGAGUUCGAGGGAAUUGGUGGAGACGACGGAGAUGAACCUGCCGUGCCCGAGCAGCUUAUCUGUCCUAUUACCGGCUGCCCGAUGCUGGACCCGGUUGUGGCUGCGGACGGACACAGCUACGAGCGCGAGGCGAUCCUGCAGUGGUUCAAGUCGAGUGACAUCUCGCCCAUGACUGGCAUGCACAUGCCCACGACGCAAGUCUUCCCCAACUUCACCUUGCGCCAGCUUUCCGAGGAAGUGCAAGCCGGUGCCGCGCGCCGUCAGCAAGCGAAGCGACGCCGCCAUCGCCGCCAGAGCGCAGCUGCAGCUCAAGCAUCUCAGCAAAUUGAGCAGGUCGAUGAAAACUUUGAACGUAAAGCGGCAUCCAGCGAGGAAGGCCAGGAAUAA